AGCAGUUCCUUGUUGUGUUGUGUUGAGUUUUUAAAUAGAUAUUUCAUCUUGCUUGGUCGCAGAAUACCACCACAGCCUCGAAUAUUGUACGACUACAGACCGAACAGUGUUUAUCUCAGAAACCAUAUUUGCUAUAUCUAAAGGCAUCUUACUAUCCAGCACGUCUUCGCAGGCAGAUAGAAUCACAUAAGAGCUAGGGAUUCUGGGUAUAGUGGUGAAGAUGUCUAUCGCUCUAACAUUCGCCACCUUUUGGGGUGUCUCAACUGCCCUGCUCGUGGCGGAUGGCUCACCAUGCGCGACGAAAUGCGGUAAUGUUCUCUCAUCAACGACAAACGACAUGAUAGUCUGCGACGAGUCAGCAUACAGUACAACGUCGGAGGGUCAGGUCUACGAGGCCUGUGUCGGUUGCGAGGCCACGAGUUCAUAUGGACAUUCUCAAGGGCAAGGGAAACAGAACACAUCUGAUUUGGAAUAUAUGCUGUAUAAUAUGCGAUAUGCUACCAACGUAUGCUUAUUCGAAGCCAACACAAACCCAUGUAUCACUUCGUUCGCAUGCAAGAAUAUAGGACCAGCGAUUCAAUAUCAGAAUCUCUCCUCCAGUAGCUCGAUAUAUGGUUACUGUGAUCUAUGGACCGACUAUAACCUCGAUAAAUGCCACGCCUGCCUGACUGCCGAGCCUAAUGGAGAUUAUCUCAGCAACUAUAUAUCCAUUUUAGAUGGUGCAUGUAGAUUAAAACUAGAUCAGCCAGCCACCCUACCCAUACAAGGAAACAUAUUUUCCUCCGAUACCGUAAAUGUUACGGAUCCCACGCCCACGGCAACGUUCUCUCCGCCUGGACUCACCGGCCCUCUAGACUCGGGAGCCAUCGCGGGCAUCGUCAUUGGCGGAUUAGUUAUUGUUCUGGCUAUUGUUGGAUGCUGCAUAGUUCUCAACGGUAAGCGUCGCAGAAAGGCGUAUCUCCGUCGCCGAGAGCAGACUACCAAGAAUUGGGCCCCACCGCAAGGAGCCCCCGCCAGCGACAUGUUCGAGACGCCCAUCAGCCAAAAACCAUUCCGUAAUUGGGAGGACUCGCCCGUCAGCGCUGCCACGCAGUCCACGUUCCCUCCAUAUUUCUCCCCUUACUCCUCACAGUACAACAGCCCUGUGAGCGCCGUUGAAGGGCAUGGACACAUGGCCUGGCCAGCGGAUAAGGUUCAAAAUAUCGGCGUCGCCAUCAGCCCCGAUCACGAUGCUCAGUACUCGCCUUGGGAUGAUAAGAAGGGCAAGGACAAGAUACCUAGGGGGCAACCGGGGCCUGACGGGUUUGAGUUACAGGAGGGUGCGAAUAGUGCUGGUGGUCAUGGACAUCCCAUACAUUAUCCCCCACCACCAGUUGCUCAGGCUCCUAUGCUGGGCCAUCCGGGAUACGGGCGACACGGUGUGGCGCCGCAGCCAAGACCUCCACAUGAGGACGACUACGGCAUGCCCGGGAGUGCUCUAUGAGUUACGCUUUUGAUUUUAUGAAAUAUUUGGCUGGCUUAAAUGUAUUUUUAGCAUGGCGUUAAGGUGUUGUUUAUGCUUGAUUUGUUGGUUUGGCGGCGCUUGUGUUGCGCGGGUGUGUGU